AUGGCGACAACAACGAUUCUAGACACCAUCGGGAAUACCGCCCUGCUGGAAUUACGUCACGUCAGGCCAUCAAAUGGGUCUCGGGUCUUCGUGAAACUAGAAAGCCAAAACCCUACCGGAAGCAUGAAAGACAGAAUGGCCUUGGCCAUGAUCGAGGCAGCAGAGGCUGACGGGCGAUUGAAGCCCGGUGGCGCAGUGGUCGAGUACACCGGCGGAAGUACCGGCGUGUCAUUGGCAUUUAUCUGCACUGCGAAGAAGCACCCCCUUCACCUUGUUACCUCCGACGCUUUCUCUAGAGAGAAGCUGGACCAUAUGAGACUCCUUGGUGCAAACCUGACAAUCUUGCCUAGCGAGAAUGGCAAGCAGACAGAAAAGCUCACAAAAGAUAUGAUCCGCGAGGCCCAUGCCAUUGCUGAGAGGACUGGAGCUUUUAUCACUGCUCAAAUGGACAACACAGACCAGCUUCAGGCCUAUGUGAAGCUUGCAGACGAGAUCUGGGAGCAAACUGGUGGUACAAUCGAUGCGUUCGUACAAAGCGUAGGCUCAGCGGCAUCCUUCCGCGGGACUUCUGAAGUCCUCCGCCAACGGACUGAUCGCAUCGCUUGCGUUGCCGUCGAGCCUGCUGAAUCUGCCGUGCUGUCUGGUGGUCCUUCUGGAUCGCACAAAAUUGAUGGCACCGGCGCGGGCUAUGUGGUGCCUUUGUGGUAUGAUGGCGUGGCGGAUCAAAUCGAACGCGUAUCGACGGAAGAUGCGAAAGCAAUGGCCUUUCGUUUGGCAAAGGAAGAGGGUAUUUUCUGUGGUACAUCGACUGGGGCCAAUGUGACCGCUGCACUCCGUCUGGCAGAGCGUAUGGAGCCACAGUCUACUAUUGUGACCAUGAUGUGUGACACGGGUAUGAAAUAUCUGAAGGUUUUUUCGCAGGAUCUCGACUAA